AUGUUCAGGGUAGGGGUAGAUGUGGGCGGGAGCAACACCGAUUCGGCAUUGCUGGAUGUUAGUCGCCUCGAUCAGUCCCCUUCACGAGGGGUUGUGAGUACUUACAAAACUCCGACAACUCCUAACGUGACAGACGGCAUCUUCACCGCGAUAGAAAAUGUCUUGGACGCCUCAAAGGUGGACCGAAACAAGAUUCUCAAUGUUUGUAUUGGGACGACGCACUUUGUCAACGCUGUCGUCGAGCGUGAUGGGAGACGUCUCAGCCCAGUCGCAGUCGUUCGACUCUGUGGCCCCUACACACGGAGUCUUCAACCAUUCAUAGACUUUCCUUACGCCCUAAAAGAUGUGAUUCAGGGACCUCACUACUACUUGCCUGGUGGUCUGGAAAUCGAUGGGCGAGAAAUUGAUCACUUAGACGAGGAGAAGCUCAAGGCUACAGCGCUCGAGAUCAGAACUGCUGGCAUCACCGCAGUAGCAUUGGUCGGAGUCUUCUCUGCGCUGGAUUCGGAAGGCAUCCACGAGGAAAGAGCCAAGGCGAUCAUGCAUGAAGUAGCUCCAGAGCUCGACAUCGUCUGCUCUCAUACUAUUGGUGGCCCAGGUCUCCUUGAGCGGGAGAACGCAACGAUAUUGAAUGCCUCGAUCCUCAAAUUCGCCAGAAAGACGAUCGCAGGCUUCCGGCGAGCAAUCAAGAAAUUGCAGCUCAAUUGUCCACUGUAUAUCACUCAGAAUGAUGGCACGUUAGCAGAUGCUGCGUCCGCUGCGGAGACUCCCAUCAAGACCUUCGCUAGUGGUCCAACCAAUUCACUGAUGGGGGCAGCAUUCCUGCAAGGCUUUGGCCAGGCUCAGAGAUCGCCAGCAACAAGCAAUUCGUCAUUGCCGACGUCGGCGGGACCACAACCGACGUGUGUGCUCUUCUGCCGUCAGGAUUUCCCCGGCAAGCUCCCAACUUUGUUGAAGUAG